AAUUCUGGUGUACGGCGAUCGGCAAAUGCGCGUUUCGUGCGCUUCGCAUAACAAACAGUUUGGGCAGGAAAAUUGUGCAUUUUUCACCGUGAAGUGCCGCACGCAUCGUGAUAAAAGCAACACACACGGCACGAAAAGGACCGUCGUAGUGCACAAUGGCGCACAAUUAUAUUGUGACUGCCCAGAAACCAACGGCGGUUACCGCUUGCGUUACCGGUAACUUCACCUCGCCAACCGAUCUCAACCUGAUCGUGGCCAAAAGCUCGCGGUUAGAGAUAUAUUUGGUAACGCCGGAAGGGCUUCGGCCUAUAAAAGAAAUUGGCAUCAAUGGGAAAAUAGCAGUGAUGAAGCUGUUCCGUCCGGCGGAAGAGGCGAAAGACUUGAUAUUCAUUCUGACCCACCGGUACAAUGCGAUGAUUCUGCAGUGUGCCGUGCAGGGCGAUGACAUCGAAAUAAUAACGAAAGCGCACGGGAACGUGGCCGACCGGGUCGGGAAGCCGGCGGAAACCGGCAUCCUGGCGGUCAUCGACCCGAAAGCCCGCGUCAUCGGCAUGCGCCUGUACGAAGGGCUGUUCAAGAUCAUUCCCCUGGACAAGGAUACGAACGAGCUGAAGGCGACGAGCCUGCGCAUGGAGGAGAUGCACGUGCAGGAUGUGGAGUUUCUGUACGGAACGACGCACCCGACGCUGAUCGUGAUCCAUCAGGACAUCAACGGGCGCCACAUUAAGACGCACGAAAUUAGCCUUAAGGAUAAGGAGUUUACCAAGAUCGCGUGGAAGCAGGACAACGUCGAGACGGAGGCUACCAUGCUGAUCGCCGUGCCGAUGCCGCUCGGCGGCGCCAUUGUCAUCGGGCAGGAGUCGAUCGUGUACCACGACGGGGACAGCUACGUGGCGGUCGCGCCGGCCAUCAUCAAGCAGAGCACGAUUAACUGUUACGCGCGGAUCGACAGCAAGGGGCUGCGAUACCUGCUCGGCAACAUGGCCGGCAACCUGUUCAUGAUGUUCCUCGAGACGGAGGAAAACGCCAAGGGGCAGACGACGGUGCGGGACAUUAAGGUGGAGCUGCUGGGCGAGAUAACGAUCCCGGAGUGCAUCACGUACCUGGACAAUGGGGUGCUGUUCAUCGGCUCGCGGCACGGCGAUUCGCAGCUGGUGAAGCUGAAUACGACCGCGGGCGAUAAUGGGGCGUACGUGAUGCUGAUGGAAACGUUCACCAAUCUGGCGCCGAUCGUCGACAUGUGUGUGGUGGAUCUGGAGCGCCAGGGCCAGGGGCAGAUGAUUACCUGCUCCGGCAGCUUUAAGGAGGGCUCGCUGCGCAUCAUACGCAACGGCAUCGGCAUCCAGGAGCACGCGUGUAUCGAUCUGCCCGGCAUCAAGGGUAUGUGGGCGUUGCGCGUUGGCAUCGACGAUUCGCCGUACGACAACACGCUGAUACUGUCGUUCGUGGGCCACACCCGCGUCCUGAUGCUGUCGGGCGACGAGGUCGAGGAGACGGAAAUAGCCGGCAUUCUGGGCGACCAGCAGACGUUCUACUGUGCGAACGUUUCGCACGGCCAGAUCCUGCAGGUGACGCCCAGCUCGGCGCGGCUCAUCUCCUGCGACAACAAGGCGAUGAUCUGCGAAUGGAAGCCCCCGGACAACAAGCGCAUCGGUGUGGUGGGCGCCAACACGACGCAGAUUGUGUGCGCGUCGGCCCAGGACGUGUACUACGUGGAGAUCGGGGACGGCAAGCUGGAGUACAAGGGCCAGACGACGCUCAGCUACGAGGUCGCUUGCCUGGACGUGUCGCCGCUGGAGGAUAACGCAACGCGGUCCGAGUUUGUGGCCGUCGGGCUGUGGACGGACAUUUCGGCCUGCGUGCUGAAGGUGCCGACGCUGGAGCUGCUGCACAAGGAGAAGCUCGGCGGUGAGAUCAUACCCCGCUCCAUACUGAUGGCCGCCUUCGAGGGCAUCAACUAUUUGCUGUGCGCGCUCGGCGACGGUUCGAUGUACUACUUCGUGCUGAACAAAGCGACCGGCUGCCUGACGGAGCAGAAGAAGGUAACGCUCGGUACGCAGCCCACCAUCCUGAAGACGUUCCGGUCGCUUUCCACCACGAACGUGUUUGCCUGCUCGGACCGGCCGACGGUCAUCUACAGCUCCAACCACAAGCUGGUGUUUUCGAACGUCAACCUAAAGGAGGUGAACCACAUGUGCUCGCUGAACGCGGAAGCGUACCAGGACUCGUUGGCGCUGGCGACACGCAACUCCGUCAUCUUUGGCACGAUCGACGAGAUCCAGAAGCUGCACAUCCGCACGGUACCGCUCGGCGAGUCGCCGAGGCGCAUCGCGUACCAGGAGGCGUCGCAAACGUUCGGCGUCAUCACGUUCCGCAUGGACGUGCAGGAUUCGAGCGGGCUGACGCCGGCACGCCAGAGCGCCUCGACGCAGACGAACAACAUCACGCAGUCGAGCGGCAUGGGCCUGCUGAAGCCCGGUGCCAGCAACACCGAGUUCGGCCAGGAGGUGGAGGUGCACAAUCUGCUCAUCAUCGAUCAGAACACGUUCGAGGUGCUGCAUGCGCACCAGUUCAUGCAGACCGAGUACGCGCUGUCGCUAAUGUCAGCCAAGCUGGGCAACGAUCCGAACACGUACUUCAUCGUCGGUACCGGGCUGGUAAAUCCGGAAGAGCCGGAACCGAAGACCGGCCGCAUCAUCAUCUACCGGUACGCGGACAACGAGCUUAAAAUGGUUAGCGACAAGGAGGUGAAGGGCGCGUGCUACUCGCUGGUGGAGUUUAAUGGGCGCGUGCUGGCGUGCAUCAACUCCACCGUGCGGCUGUACGAGUGGACCGACGACAAGGAUCUUCGGCUAGAGUGCAGCCAUUUCAACAACGUGCUGGCGCUAUACUGUAAAACGAAAGGUGACUUCAUUCUGGUGGGCGAUUUGAUGCGUUCCAUCACACUGCUGCAGUACAAGCAGAUGGAGGGUAGCUUCGAGGAGAUUGCCCGCGAUUACCAGCCGAACUGGAUGACGGCCGUCGAGAUACUGGACGACGACGCAUUCCUCGGUGCCGACAACAGCAACAACCUGUUCGUCUGCCUAAAGGACAGCGCGGCAACGACGGACGAGGAGCGCCAGCAGAUGCCCGAGGUGGCUCAGUUCCAUCUGGGCGAUAUGGUGAACGUGUUCCGCCACGGUUCGCUGGUAAUGCAAAACAUCAGCGAACGCAGCACCCCGACGACCGGGUGCGUCCUGUUCGGCACGGUCAGCGGCGCGAUCGGACUGGUCACGCAAAUUCAGAGCGACUUUUACGAGUUUCUGCGCAAGCUGCAGGAGAACCUUACCAAUACGAUCAAAUCGGUCGGCAAGAUUGACCAUUCGUAUUGGCGCAGUUUUCACACGGAAACGAAAAUGGAACGCUGCGAAGGGUUCAUCGACGGCGAUCUGGUGGAAAGCUUCCUCGACCUCAGCAGGGAAAAGAUGCGCGAAGCCUCGCUCGGGCUCGAAAUCGACGUCGAGGGUACGAAGCGAGAGGCCACGGUAGAUGACAUUAUUAAAAUCGUAGAGGAUCUUACCAGAAUACAUUAGAAAGCGCGGAGGAAUUGAUUGAGGAAUCGGGGAGGAAAGAAUUCGAGGUCAUAUUUGCUGCUCCCAGAGUUCAAUCGUGGUCACACCGGUGUGUUUAGUAUGUAACAUUUGCCUCCAGUUGGGGCUAGAAAUUUAUUGCAUUAUCAAAGAAUGAUAAACAUAAUAAAUAGCGACGUAAGACGUAAAAA